AUGCUGGCUUCGAAGCCCCAGUACACAACCCCGUUAGGGGUGUCCACCUCCCAACCCUCUUCCACCUACUCCUCGCAACGACCGUCGACCGCGAAUAAAGUCCCGGAGGGCAUUGGGUACAGCAGCCCAACCAAAUCGGAGUUUUCAGACGGACAGGAGGACGUUUCACCUUUAUCAGUUAGAGCAUGGGAUGAAAAAAGAGUGGUCGCGUGGCUCCAUAGCAUCAAAUGCGGCCAGUAUGAAUCGAUCUUCAGAGCCAAUAAUUUUAAUGGGGAUAAUUUGAUCGAAUGCGACCAAAAGAUCCUACAGGAAAUGGGCAUAAAAAAAGUUGGUGAUCGAGUGCGCAUCUUUGUGGCGAUCAAGCAACUGCGAAACAAAACCAUGGUCAACCCAAGACAAAAGAAUCUGGACACACUGGCUUCCCUCGAAGCUGCAGCAUUGUCUUCAGACCACUCUCGUCUUCGCCUACCAAACCGCCGCAUGUCCCAGCUAAUGGAGGAUGGCUUUGGCUACUCAAAAUCACCAUCCCAACCUGUCUCGCCUUCGACUAGCGAAUGGCGCAAGGAUGGCUAUCUUAACCACCCAGGAUCAGCAGGAUCUGGCCGCAACCCAAGCACGCCAAGUGACGGUGGCCGAGGAAGCUCGCAUCCACGAAACCCAAGUCUGGACGGUCUGACCAUGGGUCCCCUGCCACCAAACUCUCCGGUCAUUCGCGUCAUAUAUACUGGUGGUCAGACUAAAGUACUCGAUAUCCGGCAUUGUAAAACUCCAGACGAAGUGAUCCUAUCUGUGCUCAAGAAGCUGCAGCUCCCGGAACAUCAGUUCAGAAACUACUGCUUUUAUGUGUUGGAUGGCUUAGAUCCAGAUCUGUCGAAUUGCAGACGUUUGACCGAAAGCGAACUGAUGGAAAUCUGCGAGGGUGGUGUGAACAAGUCUGAACGUGGUCGUUUGAUCUUACGGAAAAUACACUCCGGAGAGCCGGAUCUCGACGAGCUUCGUCGCGCUUCCCAGCUUGCAUAUGAUGAAAGCCAAGUGACACACCAAAAUGCCCUCAACAAGUCCAACCCGCGCCAGAAGCACAAGAUCCAACAGCUCACCGGCGAAUCAUGGAAUGUCAUCAAUACCAAACAGCCCUUGUCUCCCGUGGGCCCGCGCCAUCGCCCAUCGCCUGGUCCGAAUGAUCAGGACCAGCCAUCACCCAGCAGUGACCGCAACCCGGUAGCUAAACUAAGGUCAUUCUUCGGACAGAGACCUCCCAGUGAGAUGAUUAUUCACGAACUUCAAUCCUUCUUCCCAAGUCAUGACCGGGAGGAUAUCGAGAAAACGAUGCGCAGAUCUCAACGUCUCAGUCGUGCCACUAGUCGACUCAGCGUUGUUAGCAAUUUUAGUGUCGCAUCAAGCCUCAGAGAUGCACCCCCUCUACCCCCGUUGCCCCCAAUACCUCCAAUGCCCAACAUUGCCGACACCUGGUUCCAGGGCCAGACUGGUGGCACACAAGCAGCACGUGCCUCGCGACCUGUCUCAAUGUCUAAAUUUAAUUUACCCCAGGCUUCUUAUCGCGAUUCAAUUGCUUCCAGCUCUCUUCAUCCCCUGCAGGAAGAAUCCCCAAUUGAACCGAACCGCCAAUCUUAUGUAUCGUUUGGCAGCGAGGGCUCCGAUUCGACGACCACCUCGCGCCAGAGCAUCAUCGAUGAGAGCACUAGCGUUGUUACCACCGAUGUUGGUUCCUCUGAUAAUCGAUUAAGCUCUAUCAUGGCCGAGGACGAUGUAGCAGAAGACAUGGAGGAUGAGGAAGAUGAUGCAAACCUGAUGAGCGAUUUCCUGGCCGGCAACAAUUUCUCUUCGAACAACUGGAUGAAGGGAUCCUUGAUCGGUGAAGGUUCCUUUGGAAGCGUGUUCUUGGCUCUUCAUUCUAUUACCGGAGAGCUUAUGGCUGUUAAGCAAGUCGAGAUUCCGUCAGCCACCAAAGGCACAGAAUUUGACCAGCGCAAGAAUAGCAUGGUCACUGCUCUGAAGCACGAGAUUGAGCUGCUGCAAGGAAUGCACCACCCCAACAUUGUGCAGUACCUUGGCACUUCCGCUGAUGACCAAUAUCUCAACAUUUUCCUGGAGUAUGUCCCUGGUGGAUCGAUCGCCACUAUGCUGAAGCAGUACAACACCUUCCAAGAACCAUUGGUCAAGAACUUUGUUCGGCAGAUCCUCGCCGGUCUUUCAUAUCUACAUAGCCGAGACAUCAUUCACCGAGACAUCAAGGGUGCCAACAUUCUUGUCGACAACAAGGGCGGCGUCAAGAUCUCUGAUUUCGGUAUCUCCAAGCGCGUCGAGGCAUCCACUGUCCUCGGCUCGAAAGCCAGUUCCGGCGGCAUGGGUGGCCACUUGCACCGCCCCUCCUCCAGGGAAAAAGCUGAUAUUUGGAGUCUUGGCUGCCUGGUCGUGGAAAUGUUCAUCGGCGCCCAUCCCUUCCCUGACUGCAGCCAGCUGCAGGCUAUCUUCGCUAUUGGCAGUAACAAGGCACGCCCGCCGGCCCCUGAGCAUGUCAGCCAGGAAGCCGUCGAGUUUCUCGACAUGACGUUCCAAGUCGACUAUGAGAAGCGGCCUACUGCGGAUGAAUUGCUCACAUGCAAGUUCUUGGCCAUGCCUACGACAUGA